AGAGUAAUAAACCUCAGUUUCCACGAAAACUUUUAAAAAUAGAACAUAAGUCAGUCGUGCGCAGGAUGUAGAGAGCCUGCAUUUACACAAAAACGCGCAGUGUGAUCAAUCUGGUUAACAUUAUAUGGUACAGGAAACAACACGUCCACGUUUUUAGAAUGUGCGGCAAUGAAGCGUCUGCGAAAUUACGUAUUUCCACGAAAAUCUUGUCCUCUCAUAGAAAACAUAACAAUUGCCAUCAGACAUGGUUAUCUGGACAGAGUAAAAGACCUUUUUUCAAAAUCGUUAAUCAGAAAACGAAACGAAGCAGGUUUUACGUUGCUUCAAGAAUCGGUUCUACGCAAUCGGUGGUCGAUCUUCGAGUAUCUGUUACAGUUCCACGACAAAGACGAUCUAGAGGUUCGCAGCACCCUUGGUGAAACAGCAUUAAGGUACGCACUUGACCACUAUAACAAAGAAGAUGAGUACUACGCACUGCUGUUAAUUGAAAGAGGUGUUUCGCUGAAAGAGAAAGAUCCAAAGAAGCCUUAUCUACACCAAGCGGUUAAAUUUUCAUCCAGAAUAACAAAAGUUUUGCUGGACAAAGGAGCGGACGUGAACUUGGAAAGCCGAUAUGGUAUUACGGCGUUACAAAAGGCACUUUUUAAUUCCAGUAAACAAAAUAACGACGAAAUUAUAACUACUCUGCUGUGUUAUGGUGCUGAUCCAUUUAGCGAAUCGGCAGCCGGACAUAAUGUGUUUGAGAGUGCUGUAAUACAUGGACAACCUGCUUUCAUUCAAGAACUUUUAUUUUUAUACACGUUUGAUGAACAUAUACCUUGUGAUAUCAUGUUUAAAGUUUUGUUAAUACUUGCGAAGCAAAAAUCACCCAUGUUCCACACAAUCCUUGAACGUGGCAUGGAUAUUUUGGUAAACGAGACAGAAAAAGUUGAUUUUGCUAAACUUUUGUAUGAUUUGUUGGCUCCAGACAGUGAUUAUUUGGAAAUUCUUGUAGAAAAGUGCAACACGCUUAUAUCUGAUAUUUUCGAAAACUUGGUGUUUUACAGUUCUACUUUAUAUCCGCCGUCUUGCAUUGGUGAGUAUAGGAAAUACACAUACGAGGAAGUGUUUAGCACAAAUCUUAGUCUGCGAAAAUUAAUUCUUCUUCUUGAAAAAAAUGCAAUGGUGCGUCAAAGUGUCAUUGAUUUUAUUAGUACCCUAAAGAGUGACACACUUUUUUAUUGUAUAUCUGAAGCGAACAGUGAAUCAAUAACAACCGAAUUAUUCAUCUACUUAAUAUUACACGGUUUGAAAAUUGAAACCACAACCCUGGAAACGGUUUUUUCGAAAUAUGGUUACAACGAUUUAUUUAAGCUUCUUUUGCACAUGGAUCUUGAAGAUGAUAUAGAAAAACGUGAUAAUAAAAUUUUAUGGAACCACCGUUCGAGGAUACAUUAUGGUUUGGAUUUAUUUCCGCGGUGGACCUACCAGUUUGAAAAUUUAGUGUUGUUUUUUAUUUUUUAUGUCAUUCCGAAUCUAGAACUUAAACCUGAUAGAUGUAAUUUUUACAACACUAAUGGUCUUUUAGACUAUUUUGCGUGCUCUGAAGUACAUAAAUUAUUGUCAAAACUUGCUAAAUCUGGAAAACUAUCUGACGAGACUCUAAAAAGGUUGCAAAAUCAUCCACGUGUACCUCUUCUGACUGAAAUAGCGCGAAAUGUUUUUAGAAAGUAUUUUAUGUAUAAAUGUAAUAUUACAACAGCGAAGCAGUUUUAUUCUCUUCUUAAUGGACUUCCUAUCAGUAGCACUCACAAAAAAGUCAUUACUUUAGAAACGAAACUUUAUCAGAUGUAAAGUACAAACUGGCUUUUUAAUUGUAAAAACUUAACGCUUUUGUUUCUCGCUUCGUUAUAAUGUUCAGUAUUUUGUUCGAAUCUUAACUUUGUUGUAUUUUUGUAAAAAAUCUGUACCUACAUUAAAAUUACACACUUAA